AUGCGCUCAACAUCCUUGUUCUAUCUCCUUGUUGUAGGGCUAAGUGGCGUGUUAGCAGCUCCGGGGCCCACACUUGAAGCAAGAGCCGAUAGUCCUGCGAGAUGCCCUAAGAUAUUCUGUACUCCUGGGACCCAUUUAUUCUGGAAUCCCAAAACCAAAGUUUGCUCUUGCAAAUUGGAUGAUGGGGAGAAAAUUUGUUAUACAACAACCAAUUGUAUUUCAGAACAUCACCCUCUAUGGGACUCCACAACCGAAAGUUGUUCUUGCAUUCCCAAUCAAACCGAGGCUACUUGCAUUGCUGCAACGACAUGCUUGGUAGGAUCGCAUCCGGUUUGGAAUGCUGCUACUUCAACUUGCAAAUGCGAGCCUAAUCCUGAAGUCGAUCCAUCGACUUGUCCAUUAAUUCGGUGCGGAUUUCCCACUCACCCUGUCUAUCACCUCGAUACCAAAAGCUGUACUUGCGAACCAAACUCUCCGGUAUGCCCUAACACAAUAUUCUGCGCCGGCGGUGCCCACAAAGUUCUUAAGCCCUACGCAAAGAAAUGUACCUGCGAAGUUGAUAACCGAAUUCCUCCAACUUGCCCACAGUUCAAAUGCCGGGAAGGAAACCAUGUCGUAUAUCACCCAGAAACCAGAAAGUGUGGAUGCGACUCCGAUUGUCCCGAUCUCUUCUGCAUUGCAGAACAGAGACCUACAUACAAUCAAGCAACCAACUCAUGCUCCUGUCAAUGGAUUCCGGGAUUGGAGCCAAACAAUACGAUAACACCUAUUAGGGAUGAAACCUGUUCUGAUACAUUCUGCAUCUCCGAGAAACACCCUGUUUUUAAUUCCAAGACAGGCAAAUGUACCUGUGAAUGGAUUCCUGGACUUGAGCCAGCUAUAGAUCCAAUACUUCCAUGCCUUGAUAUCUUCUGUAUUUCAGAAAUGCAACCUACGAUCAACGGAACAACAGGGCUCUGCGAAUGUCAAUGGAUCCCAGGUCUUGAGCCAAAGCACGUUAAGCCAAGACCUAUCAGAAGCUGCCGGGAUAUUGUCUGCAUUGCUGAAAAACGUCCUGUAUACAAUUCUAGCACUGGCAAAUGCGGAUGUGAGUGGAUCCCUGGAUUUGGGCUAGCUGCAAGUAAAAUUUAG